AUGGAGAAGAAGAGGAAACUGCAGAGAUCGAAGUACAAGUCUGCCUUCAAGUGGGGAGCUGCUGGAAUCACAGCCACAGUGAUCUUUGUGCUGAUUGAAGUGUUCAUCAUCCACUGGGUGACGCCUUUCGAUGAUGUCCUGAGAGUGCACUUCCAGAAGGCUGGAGUGCAUGUGCAGUUCGAGUUUGAGCUCACCGAGGACGGCGUCACGUACACCAUCCACAAGAACCGCACCCUCGUGCAGGUUGUUCGGAUGGGCGCCAAUCUGGGCUGGGACGUGAAGGUGGAAAAUCACGGCAAUGGAAAGUACGUUUUACGCAGUCGAGAGGGAUCAGUGAGCUUCAAUCGCGUUGUCGAUGAAGACGGCUUAGCGGUCUUCCACAUCAAUCAGACCGUCUGGCAGGUUGACUUCGUGGAGCAUUGCUUUGAUCUGGUGAAUCCAGACGGAAUAAACUGGUUCGCUGGUCCCCUGAAAUACUACCAAUAUUGGCCAUCGCAGCGCUUGCAGUUCACAGAUGACGCUUACUUGCCGAAGGAGUCUUCCCACUCUUACAUUUCCGAGAGAUACUGGUUGACGUCAAAGGGAUUGUUUGUGUACUUUAACGAGAGAGUUCCUCUGUUCCUCAAUCGCAAACCCAAUCAUCUCUGCUUUGCGGCCAAGCAACAGAAUCCCUAUUACACCUACGGCAGUAUGUUCAGCUUUAAUUACACCAUCGGAGUGGCAUCGAAUGCCAAGAGAGCUCAUCAACAGGCGGUCGGAAGAUAUCUGAGGAAACCCCUGCACUACCCUGAUCGCCGAAUAAUCCAGUAUCCCAAAUGGAUUAUUCGGAACAGCAACAGAUCGCUGGUUCAAGAGUAUGUGGAUAAUUUAAUGUACUAUGACUUCAACACAUCCAGCAUCAUUCUGGACAGAAGUUGGGAAGUCUGCCAUGGAGCCCUGGAAUUCGAUCCUAUCAAAUUCCUCAACGUUGAGGGAUUGAUAAGGUACUUAAGACGCUACAGAAUCCUCCUGACCCUCACAGUGUCACCGCGCAUCCACGAGGACUGCAAUCCGUACUUCCAGGACGCUCUCUCGCGCGGUUUCCUUGUAAAGACCCACCAGAACAGUUACUUGAACUUUGACAGAACUGCCACUGUGGAUUUCACCAACCCUGCAGCUUCUUGGUGGUUCAUGACGCGUCUGAAAAAUCUCCAACUGAUUGGAGUGGAUAAUUUCUACUUCGAAGGUGGAGAAUUCGAUUCUGCCCCAAAUGAUCCCAACUUUGAGGGUGUUUCGACGGAUCUUCAUCCCAUUCAAUACACAGUAGAUUCUGUCAGAGCCAUGGCGGAGUUCUGCUCAGGAACCAUCCUCCGAACGGGAUUCUGUAGUCAGGAUUUGCCUGUUCUCGUGAAAAUCCCGGAUCUGGAGAAUCGCUGGGACAUCCAGAAUGGCCUGGAAGCGCUCAUUCCGAAGAUUUUGCAAACAAAUCUAAAUGGAUACUAUUUCCUGAUGGUUCCGAUUGGGGGAGUGAAUCCUGUCGGUUUAACCAAGGAUCUCUACAUCCGGUGGAUGCAAGCGGCUGUGUUUACACCCUCAAUGGCCUUCUCAACGCCGCCAUGGGAAUUCGACGAUGAGACAAUUGAACUGACCCAUAAAUUCCUCAAGCUACACAUCAACUACCUAGGAAUGUUUAUGGAUCGCUUCAAGCUGGCUAAAUCCGAGGGAGAUCCGGUGAACUUGCCCAUCUGGUGGCUCUAUCCGGCAAAUUGGCGUGCGCAAGAGACUUCUGACCAGUAUCUCUUGGGGGAUGACGUAAUUGUGGCUCCUGUGCUGCAUCCAAACACUACAGAGCGUGGCAUCUUCCUUCCGUACGGGAUCUGGAGGGAUGGCAAUGACAACAGUACAGUUUUUCAGGGUCCGCGGUGGCUGCCGAGCUACAGAGCUCCUCUGGAUGUUUUGCCGUACUUUGUCAGGAUUGGGGCUAUGCCAAAUAUACCAUAA